AAAAUACCUCCGAGCGGUAAAGGGAGGAAGGCGUGACGUCGGCGGAGGGGUGUGUGUUGCGUCACGGAUUCACUCCCGCCCUCAGCUCCCGUGGGACCGGCUGGGAGAGGAGGAUGCGGUAUCCGGCCGGGCCGUCCUAGGAGCAGCCCCGUGUCCAUUGUUUUUGUAGCAGUGUGCCCAUGCCUGUGUCGUGACUGCCCGUGACGGACAGGGGGAGGCCUCCGCGCAGAAGGAGGAGAGUCUGGCCCUUCGAGGUGUCCCUCACUGCCGCCUCUGGGGGAAGCCAGCAUGGGCAAUACGGUGACUUGUUGUGUGUCCCCCGACGCCAGCCCGAAGCCAGGCCGUGCCCGGGGAGUGGUCGAGCGGCCGGAUCCGUACCGGGUGGAAGUGGAGCUGGAGAAGCCCGAGCUCGGGCACAACUUACAGCACAUCAGCGACCGGGAGUUCCCGGAUGACCUGGCCCCUGAAUCUAACCCUUCUGAUCAUGCAAGAGCAAGCACAAUAUUCCUCAGUAAAUCCCAGACCGACGUGAGAGAAAAGAGGAAGAGUAACCACAUAAAUCAUGUCUCUCCCGGGCAACUUACAAAGAAGUACAGUUCAUGCUCCACAAUCUUUUUAGAUGACAGCACAGUCAGCCAGCCUAAUCUCAGAAGUACAAUAAAGUGUGUUACCCUAGCAAUAUAUUACCACAUAAAGAACAGAGAUUCAGACAGAUCCUUGGAUAUAUUUGAUGAAAAGUUGCAUCCUCUGACACGUGAAGAGGUGACAGAAGAUUACUGCAAACAUGACCCAGAUCACAAGCACAUCUACCGGUUUGUGCGGACUCUUUUCAGUGCAGCUCAACUGACAGCUGAGUGUGCAAUUGUCACCUUAGUUUACCUCGAAAGGCUUUUGACUUAUGCUGAAAUUGAUAUUUGCCCCAGUAACUGGAAGAGAAUUGUAUUGGGAGCAAUCCUGCUGGCCUCUAAGGUAUGGGAUGAUCAGGCUGUGUGGAAUGUGGACUACUGCCAGAUUUUGAAGGACAUUACCGUAGAAGACAUGAAUGAAAUGGAGAGACACUUCCUGGAGCUGCUGCAGUUCAACAUAAAUGUGCCCGCCAGUGUAUAUGCCAAAUACUACUUUGAUCUUCGUUCUUUAGCAGAUGACAACAAUCUGAGUUUCCUGCUAGAACCACUUAGUAAAGAAAGAGCACAAAAACUAGAGGCUAUUUCCAGGCUUUGUGAAGAUAAGUACAAGGACCUUUCUAAAGCUGCUAUGCGCCGGUCCAUCAGUGCGGAUAACCUAGUGGGCAUUAGGCGCUCUAAUGCCAUCAUUUCCUGAGGCAAGACCGGCAGAAGGCACUUCAACAUGAACAGUGUGCAACACCGAUACCCAGGCACUACCGAGCCUCCCACACACUCUCUCACACUAUUUCAAGCCAGCAGUGUCUUCCAGCAUGAGAGGACUGUGGGAGGCAAGGGAUUAUCAAUCCAGGGACGCUAAAAGCCCAUCUUGAAGAGUAAGGGGCAUACAUCGUGACAACGGAGAAGAGGCUCUAGUGAUAGAGCAGCACCGUCGGAUUACACAGAAUAAUGUGGUGCAUCAAAAGUGAAGUCCUUCUCUCAGAUAUCCCUCUACCACCUACAUUUGUAUGCUUACUAUGUAGGCCUAUAGCUGUGAAUGCAGACUUUUUAACACUAUAUAGUUUGACAUUUUAGAAUAUAAAACACUAAUCGUGAUUAUAGUUACUAUUUUAUUGCCUUCUUGAUCCCCUUACCCAUUUUUUUUAUUGUUUGCUACGGUUAUCAAGUGUUAAAGCAGUUCUUUCCUAACCACACUAGCCACAGCAGAGCAAUGACUAGGCUUGAGCAGAAGGGUUUGUAUGAUGCCCUCUGGUCCGAAAGAACAGUGCAAUGUUUCGUUAGUCUAUUGCCUACCAGCACAGCAACUACAGAUGGUUAGGAUGUGGACUGUCCAAAGAAGAAUGUGCAUUUUGAAGUUUAUCUGGUUCUGGCCUGUACUACUGUAAUUCUUGGUGCUCCUCCAGAAAUUAUGAAUUAUAAGGAACUGCAAAAUUAAAUAAAUCUGGGAUUUUUCUAUUCUACACUACAGCUUAUAGUGAUGUAAAAUGUAUUCCAUGCAUUUCCUACUACUAUUGAACUCCUCUUUUGUGGAUUAACAUCUACUGUAGAUACAUUUUUAUGCAAAGUCUACAGAAUAACUCAUCAGCUUGCUUUGGUUGCGUCUGUCCUCCGUUCUGCCAUAUUCUUACAAGUAGCCGUAUAUUUUUGUAGAAACUGAGCAACUUUCAAGGUUCAGCUCCUUCCACCGUGAUAUACUAUUCCUGUGCUAAUGAAGUCUGAGUAUACGUCUUUCUCUAUGCUCUAACUCUUGUUUGCAAAAAGAAACUUUUUAAAUAUAUUUUUUUAAUUAGUUCUAACUCUAUCAGACCAGCAAUGCUCAUAGAGCCACAAUAAUGGGUAACAGGACAAACCUCUCACACUAACAUCACUUGCUGUUUGGGUUCACUGCCACAUUGCUAUACACACCUACAUGAUCAAGGUCAUGUGAAAGGGCUGGCCAUAAUAGUGAUGGGUCAACCAUAAUGACUGUGGAGGAUACUUGCAUGAUGUGUCCAUUGAUCCCAUAACAAUGACCCGAGAGAUUCCACAUAUUGGACCUUCUGUGAUCUAUGGUGAUAAAUGCCGGUGGAAUUUUACAUUGCACAGUCUGCACCACAAGUUGACCUCUUAUUACCAGGAGGGAAACCCUGAACAAUUUUUCAACUUCCAUAUGGCCUCUGUUCAGUGAAGGGGCAGGUAAAGCAUUACAUGACUUGUUCCUAGCAGUUGAUUCUGGCUAAGAUGUGUUGAUUGUUUUGCCCGUCAUCUUUGAACAGGUUGAAUUCAUUUUCCAUAUGUCCUGUGAAAUUGACAGAUGAGAAACCCCAAGUAAACAGUGGUUGCUAGUAACGCAUUUCAAUAGAUAAGUAUUCAAUUUUGGAUGCAAAUGUCUUACUGUCCCAAAAAUUCCCAAUUUCAUGUUUUGUUUUUGACAUCUUUGCCAGCAAAAUUGAUACAUGUCUAUUAGCACAUCCCAAGCGCCAACAUGCACCGUUUUGACUAACGCAGGGAUCUUUGUCGAGCGUGAAUAGAGCGUGUAAUGUGUAGCUAUUUAACAACCUACUAAUGAAGUCAUAAUCAAUUGAACUGUCAUUAACUUCCACCAAUCUGUGAGACCAAAGCAAUAUAGUGAGGGUGUUAAUUAGUGUCCCAUUGUUAAAGGGAUUGUCCACGUUCAAUAAAAAAAAAAAAAAAAUGCUAACCUCUGUAAAUGGACUAAAUUAACAAAAUAAUCUAUAUCCAGCUCUGUUCUCCACGCUUUCCAUUGCUGCCGGGAGGUUCGCUCCUCUGCUGAUGUCAUCUUCCUGUAAAACAAAGAGCAGUGCGAAGGACUGGAGCACAGCACUGGAAGAAGCAGGGGAGAAAAGGGUGAGUAUCAGUUCUCUUGUUACUUUAGACCAGGGAUGGUCAACCUGCGGCCCUCCAGCUGUUGUAAAACUACAACUCCCACCAUGCCCUGCUGUAGGCUGUCUGGGAAUGAUGGGAGUUGUAGUUUUGCAACAGCUGGAGGGCUGCAGGUUGAGCAUGCCUGCUUUAGACCAUUGCCCGAAUUUCUGUUUAACUCUGACAACCCCUUUACUUUAUUGGUUGUUGGAUUGGGCCUGCAUGUGUGUCAUCAUCCCUGUUUUA